ACAAGCGACACAGGCAGAGACGAGCACUGAGGCUGACAAACAGGCGGACAAUGCCGACAUCACAUCGCAACCUGUGCCCCCAAUGAUCUGGUACCUGCUCUAUCCGCUGCGAGGAACAACAGAGGCUCCCGUCCUCCCGGCAUCCCACCCGCUCCGCAGCGCCCUCACCCGCUACGGCCGCUACGCCUCCCGCCAUGCCAUCUCGACGCUCCUCGUCUCCGUCGCCAUUGCCUCUCUCCUCAUCUGCCCGCUGCCCUUCAUCUUCAGCGACCAUGGCAUCAACGGAGCCUCCAACCUCCCCAACCAUGUCUGGACCGCCGCGCAGCCGCUCCCGUACGACAGCGCCGCCAGCCCCGACAUCGUCAUGCGCUCCAUCUGGGUGCACUCGAGCUACAUGCAGGCCCUGAGCCCCGACGUCCUCCUCUCCGCCCUCGACCUGCAGGACGAGCUGCUGGGCACCACCCAGGACUUUGGCCCCAGCGCUUCCUUUGGCGAGCUGCCCCCCGCCAGCUCCGGUUCCGGCUCCGGCUCCGAUCACGACCAUUCCGACCCUGACCCUGACCCUGAUACCGACGCCGCCCUGACGCCGGCCGAGCGCGACGCCCUGCACAUCGUCAACGGCCUGACCAACCAGUCGUGGAUCUUCCAGUCGCCGCUGCUGUACUGGAACUGCUCCCGCGACCGCAUCCUCGCCGACGACGAUAUCCUGGCCACGGUCAACAACAACAAGAACCAGUCCACGCCCGCAAACAUCACCCUGCGGCACUCCAUCGUCUUCAGCGGCAAGCGCUUCGAGGACCGCCGCCUGCUGGCCGCCGACGCCCUCGUCAUCACCCUGCUGUACCGGCGCGAUUCCCCCGUCGGCCGCCGGUGGGAGGCUGUCGCGCCCUCAUUGCCCGCCAAGGUGGGCGACGAGUGGGAUAUCUAUCCCUCGACCGGAAAUGUUUCGGCCAGCAAGCUCUACGAGUUCCAGUUCCGGCCCAUGUCGGUGCAGGAUUCCGUUGUCCUCGCCCUGGCCUACACCCUAGCCCUGGUGUAUUUCCUCCAGCAGGUGUCCAAGCUCCGCGCCGUCAAGUCAAAGUUCGGCCUCAUCGUUACCGUCGUCGUCCAGAUCAUGCUGGCCAUUGCCGCCAGCUUCACCAUCUGCGCCGUCUUCAACCUCGACCUGUCUCGCAUCCCACGAGCCGCGUACCCGCUCGUGAUACUGUCCAUGAGCUUGGAACAUGUUCUCCGGCUGAUGGACGCCGUGGUCCGCACGCCCUCGGGCGAGACCCCGAGCACCAGGAUAGGCGCUGCCUUUGGGGAGACGGCGCCCACGGCCCUGGUCAGCACCGUCCAGAACGUCGUCAUUCUCCUUGGCCUGUCCUAUGCAGUUGCUCCGGGUGUGUCCGCGUUCUGCAUCUUCGCCGCCAUCGCCAUUGUGCUCGACUUCUGCUUCCUGUCCAGCUUCUUCAUCGCCGUCCUGAGCGUCGAUGUGCGGCGGAUGGAGCUUGGGGAUGCUCUCGCCAGGGAGGCACUCCGCCGCAAGCGAAAGCAACGACGUCCUCGGGAAACCCCCUCGUGGCUGCAGCGUUUACUCGAGGGCAAGAUUGCCCUAUCCACUCGAAUCGCAGGCUCGACCGUCAUGAUAGGCUUCGUCAUUAUUGCGCAGACUCACUUCUUUGGCGGCGGCGCCAUCUCUCAGAAGCUCUCUCAUCUGUACGGCGGCCAAGACCUGGCGCCCAACGCGUCGUCCCCCGAGCCAUCGCUUCUGGAGGACAUUCAUCAAGCAAGAACGCCCACGUCUUGGCUGCGGCUGCAGGACCACGAUGCCGCCCGUGAAAUCAUUCGCCUGAUCAAGCCCUCGGCCUAUAGUUACGUAGCUAGAGUCUAUGAGCCUUUGGUGUUCGUCAAGAAGGGCUCCAACCGCAUGCCGGUGAUCAAAGAGCCUGCUCUGUUGCCCGCGGCAUAUGACUUCAUGCGUCAUAAGCUCGCUACCUUCGUCGUUGUCGACCUCGUUGUGGUUGCCCUGCUUCGUCUGCUGAUGAGCGUCAUGCUAACAGAGGACGAAGCCAGGGUGGAAGAGCUGCACGACUCGAGUGACCAGUCCAGCCUGUCUGUGAAGACGCUUUCCGGAGGACACACGCUCGACAUAGCCAUGCUCGCCUACUCGCCCCGGGGUUACGCUGUGUCGGUCGGUCUCGACCGUGUGAUUCGGCUGUGGGAUCUCAACCAUAGGAAGAAGAGCACCGCGAUCCCCACCGCUGAAGGGGGUGCCACGAUCAAGUUUCCCAUCCUUGCAGUGGCCAUGGACGAGGAUUCGGACUGGCUGGCCAUCCUGUCAUCCGACAAGGUCGUCUUCUGGAACAUGGUCACCCAUCUCCAGGGCUCCGCCGUGACUGUCGAAACGCACAACCAGAAGCCGGAGGCCUUUUUUCUGGAGCCAAGCGCAACCGCGUUGUCAGACAUUCCGACGGCGGUCAUCAUAUGGAAGAAUGGAACGGCAGUAGAUGUAGAGCCAGCGUCGGGACAAGUCCGCGAGUCCAUCAUCUGUUCAGGAUUAACAUGUGCCCGCCCGCACUCGUCUGACUUGAGGGAAUGCUUUUCCCUUGCACUUUCUGCAGAUGACAAAUACCCAAGGCCGAGCGUCUCCCUUGUAGCAACAUCUCGAAACGGAGACGUGCACAUCGUGAGAAGAAAUGGGCUGCAAUGGGAAGAGCAGAAGCUUCUUGCAGGACGGCUCGCAGCUGAUGAGGUUCAUCAGGUGGUGUCACUCUCGCCUCUGCCCUAUUUCCUUGCAUCCUCCAGGGCGGAAAUUCUUCUUAUAAGCCUAGACGACGGCACCACCUCUUGGAGCUUUCCUGUAGAGGAGAUGCGGCCGCGGUCGCUCGCGUGCGCCUUCACCCGCUACAGAUCAUCCAGUGACUCGCCGAUAGGGCUGGUUUCCUUGACGUUUAGCUACCUCGCGCUAGACUCGGGUGAUUGCGUUCUGCACACGUUUACACCCCCAGAGGACGACGAUGCGAUUUGUCUACAGGGAAUCGACGAUGACAGCCUGGUCAGCGGCUGGUGCAGUUGGCAGGACGCCAGGGAAAGAAAGAAGCACAUCAGCAACCCUGGCGUUUGGAGGAUCUUGUCGGAUGGCAGCGCACUGGGUCUCCGCCGUCGACCUAGUGCCGAGCUGAGGCGCCGUCGCCGACAGGAUGCCACGUCAGGGCUUCGGAACCGCAUACCCAGCGCAGAGGCCCGAGAUUCGGGGGCUCUGCGCUGUUGGGAGCUGUGGAGGGUGGCGUCCAGCGACUGGGAGGAAACGGACGAAACCAUGCCCCUGUUCCCUGAUGGCGAAGAUGCAGGGCACCUGGUUGUCUGCGACUUGGGCCCCAGCGUGAGGGUCGGGCUGACAUCGGUUGCCUUUGCUUACGGGAACGUCAUCAAGCUCGCGACGUUGAGCGGGCACAAGCCUUUCGACGUCGGUGCCAAGGAGGUGAGUCCCGAAUCGCCAGUGAAUGUGCCAACCAGGCGUCGAAGGCUGGGGCCCACGGCCAAACCAGGAGCAUCAGGCCAGUAG